CCACUCCGCUCCUUUUCCCGACCAUCCCACUUCGUUUGUUCCAGCGUGUGUGCGUGCGUGUGGGUGUGCCUUAGACACACGCAUGCGUGUAUGUGCGUGAGAAAAGCGAUAGAGUGACCAUUCCAAAGGGAUCAUCCUUUACGAGUUCGCAUCUUCCUUUACGAGUUCACGAGUAAGUGCGUGAGUACAGCGGUAAGAUGGCGGUAAGAAAUGGCGUGGUGAUUGCGGCAGCAGUACUACUGCUCACAGCCUUUGUCGAUGCCCAGUUCAAGUGUCCGAAGAACCGGGGCCAGUUUGAGGAUGCCGUACAGUGCGACAAGUACUACGUGUGUGAUGAAGGCGAAGCCACGGAGAAGCUCUGUCCUGAUGGGCUUGUGUUCGAUCCGACGAUCAAGCUCAUCAACAAAUGCGAUCAGCCCUUCAAUGUCGAUUGCGGUGACCGAUUUGAGCUGCAGCCCGCACAGGGCACCAGCGAUUACUGUCCGCGUAAGAACGGCUUCUUUACCCACCCGGAUGCGUCCAUCUGUAACGUCUUCUAUAGCUGCAUCAACGGCGAGGAGUUGGAGAUGAGCUGCACUGGUGGGCUGCACUUCGACGAGAAGUCCGGCACGUGUGUCUGGCCGGAUGUGGCAGCACGAGAGGGUUGCGGCAGUAACGCCAACAAAAAACUCAACGAUGGCUUCCAGUGUCCGAAGGAGACGCGCUACGAUAAGAACGGGCAAGUCAUCACCCAUCCCAACUACCCACACCCAACUGACUGCUCCCGAUUCUACUACUGUCUGAACGGCAUCGAACCCCGUCUCGGUCAGUGCGACGCCAAGAUGGUCUACAACGAGGACCUGCAGCGUUGUGACGACCCCGAGAACGUGCCAGAAUGCAAGGACUGGUACAAGGAGGAGGAAGGUACCAAGAACUGAGGAGCCAGCGGUCCAGAGCCUGCAUUCUGCGUGCCGUGUGCUGCCGCCGGAGCAGCAUUGCUUGACUUUGUGAUACUUGUCCCUGUUCCCUAACCUGUCAAAACCCCACCAUACUCUGCGCUGUAGGCGGCUCCAUUCGCUUACCGUUACCUAAGCCCCGUUACAUGCUGUAGCUUCUGGUGGGCGGUCCCGGAAAGUGCUGUGGUGCGGCGAAACACACCCACACGCACGCUGCGUGACAGAUUGAAAGCACGAGCAACUGUGGCAGCUCGCCGACUGUCAGGUCACGUCCGCCAUGCGUCAUCCAUCAAUCAAUCAUUCGCUCACGAUCAAUCGCAAUCGCACGCCCGUCGCCAUUAGUCGAUCGAGUGCUGGGGACUUCGGAGUCUAUUGACCUUCGCUGUAUGUCUCUUCUUGUGCUUUCUACGUCUUUCUCGCGAUCUCAUUUCCCUCAUUUCACAUUCAUUUCCUUCUCUUACUGCUCCUAUCCCUAUCUCUCAUCUAACGCCAUUCAUUGGUUUUCGUUUCACAACUAUCUUACUUGUAUUCUAUCGACCAUUUUCUCAUGCGGGUGAUCGCCAUCGAUCGUUUCUUUCUCUACAAUCAUCUCCAUGCUCGUCGUUAACCUCACUUAUCCUAUCUCUUCUACGGCUCUUUCACCUAACGCCUUCCUACUUCAGUUCAUCUAUCAAUCCAACUUUCGCGCUCUUGCGAUAUACCUCGCCUUUCCUGAAACAUCUUACCAGUUCAUUUUCGUGCGCUUGUAGUGUGACGUGACCUGCCAGUAGGCAAAUGUUUAGAGACUGCCCUUUUGAUUUGACGUAUCAAUUUCGGGGCAUACUGUUCCUCGCAAGCCUAACCCGGCGUAAAGGAUCUCCCGCCAAGAGCUGUC